AUGCACCUACGCUACGUUCACGUCAAGGUGCCUGCGGCGGAAACUUCGAGCGGAUCCAGUCGGACGUUGUUGGCUCUUCUUGCCACAGAGCAUGAGUGCGAAGCUGGCGACUUUGACGAGAUGAUGGUGUAUCUUCACGGGUUCCCCGACAUGGGCGUUCAUCCGACUAUGGUGGACUUUGCUUCUCGCGUGCCUGCCAAACUGUCGGUCUUUUGGCUGAAGCAGGAACAGGAGACAAGCAAGGUGGCAUUUCUGACAUUUAACUUUGGUGGCAUUCCUGGAUCCGACAACGAGCUACGCUUCACGAACAAAACCAUUUCGCACGAAGUGGAAGACGUCGUGGCGGUGUGCAAGCACACACGCUCUUCUUUUCUUCGACAAGAGGGUAAAGUGCAUAUCGUCGGACUUUCCACGGGAGCCAUUGUGGGCGCCUUGUUGCGUGAGCAGCAGGUAGCUGACACGAUCACGGUGAUCGCCGGAUUGCUCGACUUGACGAAAGGCGUCCACUACGACUUCGACACUGUGCAAUUAGAGCAGAUUGCGACGCAAGGUUGGUGCUGGAAAGAGUUCUAUCUACCACAUGGCUGUCCGUUACCAAAGCAUGCCGAGCUUUCGGUGGAUGGCAUCCACCCUGCGGCCGAGCUACCUGAUACGACUACGUGCUCGAAACUCUACGUGCGUCUGGAUCGACAAUAUGUUAGCGAGUACUCCGAUGGCUCGCUGGAUAUCGCUCAUGCCGUGUCAAGACCGGGGUCGCCACCACUGCUUGUCAUUCAUGGCGACGCCGACCAAGACGUGCCAUUCCCGAAUGGUAUGGAGCUAUUCGCCGCCGCUGCAGAGCCGAAGACGUUUCUGGCGAUACCGAAAGCAAACCACUUGUUGUCAGAUACGAAACACCUGAAGAAGGCACUGCGGGCAAUCGGAGAGCACGUCCAAGCUGUGCAUUUGCAAGGUAGCCGGACGUAG